AGGCCAUCCCACACCAACUAAACGUUUUGGCCAUUCUCUCCCGCACCUCUUCAAGUUGAGCUGGUCUCCAUACCUAUAUCUUGAAAAGUGUUCCUGCAACACUUGUAUAUCUCGCUGUAACAUCUUCUAUCGCUGACGUUGCGAGUGUAUAACAAUUGUACCGGUGAUCGUGCUACCAUGGCCACCACCAACGAACGCCUAUUAGUCCAGAUUGGCUCGUACAAUACGAAUCUACAGGGCGGCGCUGGAGUACCCCAGGAUCUCGUGGACUGGUUGGCCCCAACAUUGCAAGUUUCAAGUUUUCUCUCGCGACAAACACGAGCUCCCGACAUCGUUGCUGUGGGAUUCCAGGAGUUGCUACCUCUCCACCUUGGAUUUUCUGGACUAUCUAACACUGUACUGAACCACAGAGCCGAGCAUAUACGCUCUCAGAUUGAGGCCCAUGCACCCAACAAAGAACGAUACUCGCUGGUUGCGAAGGUCGUUAACGUGGGGGUCGCGUUACUUGUAUAUGCACGAGAUGAUAGUGUAGCUCGUCAUGUCUGCGACGUACAAACACAAUGGACGGGUUGUGGACCAGCCUAUAUGGGAAACAAGGGUGGUGUGGGUAUCCGCUUUCGUGUCAAACCCGAGGGGAAUAUGGCAGGGGAAACCUUCACCUUUGUUUGCGCACAUCUGGCUGCCCAUGAACCGAAACUUGCUCAACGUGUCGCUGAUUAUAACCACAUCGUCAAGACACUUCUCUUUCCUGCGCUCCCUACAUCCGGCCUCACCGGCCCAACCACCAUGUAUUCAACCUCUCAUCUCUUCUUUCUCGGUGAUCUCAACUUCCGAGUGUCGAUACCUCCUUCACACCCUCUUAUUGCAUCCACUAAGCGCGACGAGGCAGUGGCUUAUAUGAAGACCCAAACUUUGCGAGCAGAAUUGAAGGAAUACGACCAACUUCUAGUCGAACGUCGAAAAGGUCGUGUUUUCAUUGGCUUGAAAGAAGCUGAAUUCUGGUCGUUCCAAUGUACAUACAAGUACCAGCUCGGCGAAGUCGAUAAAUACAGUACGAAAAGGACGCCCUCAUGGACUGACAGAAUUAUGUUUGCAACUCACACCGAUUCACCUGACACACCAGAGAAAUCUAACAUCACCAGUUUGCUAUAUACAUCCAUUCCCUCCUACACAACGUCAGAUCACAAACCAGUCGCCAGUCUCCUGCUUUUACCUAGUCCUUCCUUACCUGCGCCCACGGUCCCACUUCUUCGCCUUCCAUCUACCUUUACCCCUACGCCUGAUCCUCUUGCCACACUAAAGCGUUUCACAGGGCGAACGUUAGAUCGUAUAGUAGGUUACGUCUGGUGGUUUCUCGUGCUUGUUGGUGCAGGCUCUGCCAUAAUCGGUGCAUUCAACUUCCUCCUCGGUUUUGGUGCGUGGAGUUGGUAUCGUUCGUCGUCUGAUACGCCCGCAUCAUCACCUGUUGUUUGAGAGCCAUUAAACUGGUCUGGACAUGAUUGUAGUAAGAUAUAGUCUACAGAUACGCGGGGGUGGUGACAUGUGCUACUACUCUGAAUUUAAAUAUCAAUCGUAUCUAAUAUUUGGUUCUACUUAUAUAUUAUGUACCAGUGCAGCUCUUCUGCCCAGAUCCCAGUAUUGAACGACAUUACAACGUUACAAGCGAUGCGUAUACAGAUAGUAUAUAUGUACGUACACUUAUACAUUUUGUUCUCUACUAGUAUAUCAGUCUGUCACAGCAAUUGCCUUGGUGCUUUGUGUUUGUUCCGUUCAUCCUCAUUGACGUCCACUAGUGUCUCUUCUCUGGUUAUUACCACAGUAGGAACCUCCGCUUCAUCCGUACCUACCUCCCCUGGAGACUCCUCGAUGUCACCCGACCGUAACUCAGGUAUACGGACGAAUGCAAGUAGCACGAAAGCCACAGCCACCGAAGUGGAAGAUAGGAGAAAUAUUGCCUGCGGGAGAAUGGUGACUGUCUUGAAGUACAGGAAGCCAUAGGCGGCAGGACUUAUGAU